AUGUUCCGUUCGCUCUCCCUCGCGAACGCGCUCCUCCUCUUCUGCGCGGUCGUCGCGGUUCUCGGAUCGCUCUCCACCGCGCGGGCCGCGGGGAUCGCCGCGCCGAACGCUCGCGACGACGCCGCGACGUCCUCCCCGCACAGCGCGGCGUUCGCCGCGUACGUCGCGAAGCACGGGAAGAACUACUGCGGCGACGGCGUCGUAUCGUGCGAGGAAUCGCGCUUGAGGGAGAAAAUCUUCCACGCGAACAAGCUCACCGUGGACGCGCACAACGCGGACGCGACGAAGACGUGGAGGAUGACGUUAGGGAAGCACGCGGACCUCGCCCCCGAGGAGUUCAAACGCGCGGCGUUGACGUACAAGCCGUCCGCGAGGCGCGUCCGGGCCGUGCACGACGAGAUGAAAGCCUGGGCGGCGGCGAGGCUAGGGAAGGCGACGGUGAACAACUCAUCCGUGGAAGACAUCGUCGACGACGCGAUCGCGGGGGAGAAGACCGCGGCGGGGCACCGAGCGGCGCCGGCGGCGUGGGAGGAGGGGGAGCCGGCGGCGGCGCCCGAGCCGGCGGCGGCGCCCGAGCCGGCGCACGAGCCCGCGCCCGCGCCCGCGCAUUCGAAGCCGAAGCAUACGCACGCGAAGCGAGCGGCGUCGAAGAAGUCGUCCCCCGCCGCCUCCCCCUCCUCCCACGGCGGGUUCCCCGAGGAGUUCGCGUGGACGAAACCGGGCGCGGAGUACGGCGCCGUCGUCGGCCCGAUCCACGAGCAGUCGUCGUCGUGCGCGUCGUGCUGGGCGUUCGUCACCGCGGAUUCGAUCGCGGCGACGUACGCGGUCGAUAUCACGAAGAAGACGCGCAAGAGGAUGGACGCGCCUAAACUCUCUAUCCUGCAGCUCAUGGACUGCGACAAGGACGACAACGCGUGCGCGACGGGGAACAUGUACACGUCGUUCAACUGGAUCGAGAAAAACGGCGGCAUCGCCUUGGCGAGCGAUUACGACGCCGCGGUGCCGUCGUCGUCGCAGGACGACGAGACGUUGCAGUGCGCCGCGAACGUGAAGUCCACGCUCACGACGCCGGGGAUGUGCGACCUGAAGAUGACCGCCGGGAACGAGGCGCUGAUGCGGGCGAUUUACGAGACGGGACCGGUGGCGGUGGGCAUCAACGGCGAGCGUCUGCACUUUUACGACGGCGGCGUCAUCACCGCGAAGGAGUGUCCGCCCGCGGGCGCGGGGAUCUCGUCGAUCAACCACGCCGCGCUCGUCGUCGGCUGGGGCGUCGAGAACGGGAUGAAGUACUGGCUCGUUCGUAACACGUACGGCGAGGACUUUGGCGAGAAGGGAUACUUCAAGCUCGAGCGCGCGGAGCCGCACGACCACGGCUUAUUCGGCACGUGCGGUCUCCUCUUCGAGUCCGUGUACCCGAUCGUCACGAAAGUCGGGGUCGUCAUGGACAAAAAGGAGAUGGAGGCGAAGUGCGUCGAAGGGUCGGUGUUCAAGCAGGAGUACUUCCGGGACGAAACGGCGAACCCGGGGACGUUACUCGGGAACGAGCCCGCGUCGCGCGGCGCCAUCGAAGCCGCGGACGCGUUCAUCGAAACCGCGCUCGGCGGCGCGGUGACGAUCGCGAAGAGAGAGGGCGUCGCCGGCGCGGCGUUGAUCGGCGCGACCGUCGCCGCCGCGGUCGCGGUCGUCGUCGUCAGACGGCGGAAGGCGAGCGCGAACGUGGCGUUUGGCGAGGCCGAGAGGCUCUUGCCGUGAGUUGUUAAGUUGUUUCGUAGCGGCUGUCUGGCUAAUGUUUUGUUGUCUGAACCUCUGACUCA